AUGGAAGCAGCGGCGGAGGCGGCUAUGGAAGUAGCGGCGGAGGCGGCAGCGGUGGAGGCGGCAGUGGAGGCUUUGGAGGCGGCAGCGGAGGAUAUGAAAGCGGUGGCGGAGGAUUCGGAGGCGGUGGAGGAUCCGGAGGUGGCGGAGGAUACGGAGACGACGGGGGAUUCGGAGGAUCUGGAAGCGGAGGCUUCGGCGGCAGUGGAGAAAGCGGCGACAUGUGGAGUUCCUACUUUGGACCUGGCGGAGGUUUUGGCCAGGGCAGCAGCGGAGGAAUGUUUGGAGGACAAAGCUCAAUGCUUGGCGGUGGACUGUUUGGAGAUGAUGGCGAUAGUAUGUCCGGUGGAGGCGGCAGCCUGUUUGACCGUUGGAGAAGACGGCGCGGUCGGCGCGGUCGGCGCGGUCGCUGCGGAAGAGGGGGACGCCGGGGUAUGUGGGAAUUCUACCCAGGCCAGGGAGGAAGCAGGGGUCAAAGUAGCUGGGGCAGUCAAGGUUUUGGGGGCGAAUCAAGCGGCGAGUUUGGGGCCGGAUCAAGCGGCGGUUUCGGGGGCGGAUCAAGCGGUAGUUUUGGGAGCGGGUCAAGCGGCGGUUUAA